AUGAUCAGAAGAGCGCGUUUUUCUACGCCUACAUUUACCCCCGGCUUUGCUGUUUACUCUACAUCGCGGCGCAUAAAGAUUCCACCCCAAUUUCCCGUCACGUCGUCAUGCCCCGAACCAACGUGUCCGUGUGCCGAAACACCGGCCGGCCUGGAUAUCGAUCACGAACAGAAUCUCCACGGAACAAUGGCGUCUUAUUCCCAGCAUCUAUUAAUUGCAACAGGGCAGCCCGACUGGAAAAGCCGGAUUGAAGAAGAUGGUCCGGACCAGAGCUGGGGAAUACUGGCGAGGAGGUUGAAAAAGCUCCUUGGAAGAGGCGGGAAAUACUCCGAUCCAUAUAAUAAUAUCUUGAUUACAAAUUCCUCAUUCAAGCCUCAGACCUCUGAUAUGAUGACUGCUUCCGCGUUUCUGUUCCCCGGCUUUCAGUAUCUGCCCGAAAUACCUCUUGACGAGACCGACCUAGAUACCUUUGUAAGAGCAUACCUAUUGCCGCUCGAUAUCCAUCGAGCACACGAUAUAUUAUCUCCCGAAAAACAAGAGAGCAUGAGACGUGCUCCCGAACUACAGUCGACCUUCACCAACGUUGUUAAACUGACCAGCUCUCCUACCAUACUCAUCUGCGGCCACGGACAUAGAGAUCGGCGAUGUGGAAUAAUGGGUUCGCUUCUGCAAGCCGAAUUUCGUCGAGUAUUAAGGCACUGUGGUUUCUCGGUUGACCCGGAUAGGGUUGACGGUGCAGGCCAUGCGAAUGUGGAGUUAAUAAGCCAUAUAGGAGGGCACAAGUACGCCGGAAAUGUAAUCAUCUACGUUCCGCCUUCUAUGGGCUCAUCAUUAGGAGCACCAAGCGCCCUGGCAGGGAAAGGGAUCUGGUAUGGUCGGGUAGAGCCGAAACACGUGGAAGGAAUCGUGAAGGAAACUAUAUUGAAUGGCCGUGUAAUUAUAGACCACUUCCGCGGAGGCAUCGAUGAGAACGGCAUCCUGCGCCUAUGA